ACUCGCUCGCCGGCGAGGAGUCUUCAGGGUGAAAAUGCAUCAUGGCAUGGGAGGAUCGGCGGGCGAUCGUCACGGCGCUCAAAAUCCGGCGAUGCAGGCCAGGAAUGGGGUCUGCGACAAAAUCGAAAAUUACAUAUCGGAGCUGGGCCGAUGGGCGGUAUGGAGGGCGAUAAUAAUGGGCCAGUUUCUCUCGCUGGUGCUAUGCUUCAUGACGUUCGUAAAUCAUUAUAUAAACACCGGUUCCUACAAGCUCUCGCUUCCAACAGGGCAGAAUGUUCCGCACUACGUGAUGAUGUGCUUAGUCUACACGACGUGGAUGUCCUGCAGGGGUGUGGGGAACGGCCUAAUUUCCGUCAUACGAGCCCGUGGCUGGAGGUACUUGUUGUUAGCGCUGAUUGACGUUGAGGCGUGCACCCUUAUUACAUCGUCCCAUCAAUACACCAGCCUCGCUAGUAUACAGCUUCUUGACUGCGUGGCGAUACCGGUCGCCUUGGUGCUCUCGUUUCUGGUACUGGGCGUCCGAUACAGAAUGGUGCACAUCGUCGGCGUGUCCGUCUGCUUGAUGGGCGUGGGAUGUCUGGUUUGGGCUGGCAUAGACGACAAUAACGAUCCCACGGCUACCGGAAAGAACCAACUCGUCGGCGACAUGCUCUGUCUCGGCGGCGCGGUGCUGUUCUCGAUAACGACGGUUCUCCAGGAAUUGGCCGUUAAAACGGUCGAUAUCAUCGAGUACCUCGGCAUGAUCGGUUUCUUCGGCAUGAUACUGAGCUGCAUGCAAUCCGUCGUGCUCCAGAGGUUUCAAAUAGAAGCGUUUUGUUGGGACAACGUGCCAGUAAUAACGAUCCUGAUCCUCUACUGCAUCACGCAAUUCAUGUUCUUCUCUCUGGUGCCGGUAAUAUUGUUCGAAUCGGGCGCUACCGCCUUGCAGCUGGCGCUGCUCACCUCAGACUCCUUCAAUAUUCUAGCUGGAAUGCUUAAUCACCACUACAAGUUUCACGCACUGUACUUCGUUUCGUAUACACUCACGAUGACCGGCAUAUAUAUUUACGCCAUAAAGAGAACACCAAUGUCGUCGAGCUCACGGAGACAGCACAUCGAGCCACCGAUUCCGGAUUAUAGACACAUGUCCCAUCCCGACGUCGGCGAGGUGGAGAUGGCCACGAGCUCCGGAAUGUCCGGCGUGAGCGGCACCCUCGACAUAAGGGCGUCCACCCUCGGCAGCGAGAGGGAGACGAUGGACGCGACGAGCCUGCCGCUUAGCGUCAGCUCCGACACGGCCUUCACCUCCUUCUACGGCAGUCAGGCAAAUCUAAAGGUAGCAUCGAGAUCGAUGCCGCGUGUCUCGUCCAAUUCGUAUUUUGAUACGCGUACCGGCGCGCCCUGAUAUCUGUCGGGAAUGAACUUAUUGACGCGAGCGCAGGGUUCGCGCGAUAUCCCGAGGCAGAUGGAAUCCACGCGGAUGAGCGUUCUCUCGAAAUCGAGCCAUUUCCGAUAAAGCACGACUGCGCGUUGCACGACACGAGGCUCCGACGGUUUUUGCAAUAUAUAUAUUGAUGAUUUGAAAUUUUGGUAGGUAGACUCAUUUUACGAAAAUUAUAGCCUUGGAGCACGCAUGAUAUCGCGUAAUGUACGAAGGUAAUAAAAUCAAACGACUCGUACAAAGGCAAUAAGAUCAAACGACAAAUAAAAUUGAUAAAUGUAUUAUAGGUUUUAGAUAUUAUUAUAUAUACUUGACGGUAGGCUUGACGGCGCUAUGUAUGCACGAACGAUAAGAGGAACCUUUCGAUUCGCGCGGCGAUCCAUCUGCCUCCGACAGCGCGAGUGUGUGUGAUCUCUCUCCGUAUUUCUUCAGCUAUUCUUGCAGGUGUAAAUGAAAUCUGUGACGGUUUCAGGCUGCGAACGGGAACAGUGCUUCUGCCUGUAAUUAAUAAACGGAAGGGAACGACUGCCUAGAGUAGAAUACCGUGCGAUUCGUUCGUUCGAAAAAAAAUGCGAACUUCUUGACUUCUCGAAACGGGGUCCUUAGAAAACACACGGAGGGAUGUUUGUAUAUCGACACCGUAAUUACGAACGCUAGCACACAGUCUAAAGACUUCUUUUAGAUAUAUCUGUGUAAAACUAUUAAUUACACAGUGUUAAUUGUACUUAAUGGUAAAACGAUAGCCGGACCGUCUUUGAGUUGCAAUUCGAUGACGUGAUUAGACAUUAUUUAGUAAAUAUAUAAUAUUACUUUUAUAAUGUAAAAAACACUACUGUGAUUAUCACACAUAUAACUUAAUUGUUGUAAUAAUUAUUGUAAUAAUUUUUAUCAUUAUAACUACGUUAAUUUUAUAAUCUUCGCGCGCGACGAAAUAAAUUUAGUAUUAUAAUUUAUAAAGUUCGAUAAUGACAAAUUCGAUAAUUUUAUCUCGUUAUAGUAUAUAAGAAGUAUUUAUCUAAUUGGACCUUUCGAUAUGCAUAUUUGAUGAUUAAUAUUUAAGAUUAGUAUUUUUCGACUUGAACGAUCGAAUUGAGCUUAAGGACGGCUAUAUAAUCAAAAUAUAUACCGACUUAGGUAUAUUUCUCUUUAGGUAUAGAUAUUCCUCUUCUAAUCAAAAAACAUUUCCAGUAUAUAUUGUUUAUAAAAAUGUGAACUAAUUCUGUAAGAAUUCUGUAAGAACGAAACGUGCCAAAUGUCGAAGUUUAUUAACACUUAGAUCGUAGAGCUAGGAGAAACGCGAAAUGUGAAACAUAUGUACUCGUUUUAUGUACAUCGUGUACUCAUUUUCACUUAAAUUUUUUAUAUUAACACGAAUUACCUUCGUGGAUGUUUGUUAUGACUAUUACGAUCGAUAUACUGUAGUAUAUACAAAGAUAUUUAUAAGUUAACGCUGAUAACGAGGGCCGAUCGAGGAGGAAACUUACGUAAUUCAACCCGAGACGGAUCUCGAUCGACCUAAUUAAUACAGUACUCAAUGUAAGUCGACUACGUAAUUAUGCUACGCUAUUCUAUUCUUCUAUUACAAUAGUAACGAUUUGCGGCUGCAAUGAAACAAAUUCACUAUCGUCACCCAAUGCGGAUAACACUUAAAAAUGACUACACUUAUUUAAUUGAAUUUCCGCUAUCGCGCGCACAAUAUUGAAGUGUAAUAGUAACUAAAAAAAUAUGUGACUUAUAUUCUUGUCAAUAAUCCACCUCUUUUGUUAGCAAUAACUAGUCACAGUGGAAUAACAGCUAGAGCAUUCACAGGAUGAGCAGAAAAUCCAAACACGAUACUUUUACCUUGUUGUUACACCAUGCUAAUUCAUAUUAUUAUGCAAUCAAUCAAUAAACUAAUCUUACGUAAUUAACGUUAAAAA